AUGUCGUCUUCCAGCGAGCACUUGGAGACCGCGGUCCUUUCACUCGACAGCUCGAACCAAUAUGCUCACUUCAAGAAGGUCCUCGACAAGUUGCGGACUGAUCCGCUGAGCAUCACCCCCGAGGAUGCACGUCGCCUAAGCGAGCAGGUGGAAGUCACCGAUCGCCGCUCUGCCUCAAUCGUCUCCGCCGUCGAAUCCCUCGCAUUGGUCAGCCAGGACCUCCAGCAGCCGGACGCUCAGGCGGGCCAGCCGCACAUGGUGCAUGAGGCUCGCCACACCCAGCACGUUCUCGUCAAUGAUCUCAAGGCCGCCGUAGACAGCAACCCCAACUCGGUGACUCCUGAUCUCCUCAAGGCCACGCAAGAGAUCGUCAGCAAGAUGCAGCAGGCAAUUGGUGCAGCCCAUGCGCCCCAGCCUGAGUUGGAGCCUGAGUUACAAAAGGAGCUUGCUAGAAUCAAGCCCAAGAUUGAGGAAGGCACCGUUACCAAGGCUGAAGCCGACAAUCUCCACUCCCUCGAAGCUCGUGCUCACGGCCACACCGAGAAGGGCGGCUUGACUGCUAAGGCCCAGUCGAUCGCUGCGAAACGCGAGCGUGCCCUGUCCCUCAGUGAUUCCACCAACGAGUCGAUCCAGACUUAUGCCAACCGCUCCAGCACCUCGAAUGGUCAGAUCCCUUCCACUCCCGCGUCAGUGACCGUGACCAAAGAGGCCACUACGCAUACUUUGGCGGAGAACAAGCAGAUUCCUCACCACACCCGCAACAGCAGCGCGGUAGAGGCGCACUAGGGGAG